GUAUCUAUUUUGUUGGUUAUUUGCGCGCGUGAAAUUUGAGUGAUAUCGAAUUAGAUUUUUCAUAACAGUUAAAACUUAUUUUUCAACCUGAAGAGGACGGUUUAUACUUGUGAAAAAUACUAUUGACAUCAAAAUUCAAGUCAUUAUUUCUUUUCUACGUUCGGAUCGUGCCCACGUUGCUUGUCGAGGAAUUCGAAGCACCGGUUUUUUGACAAAAUUCAAAGUGUUUGCUGAAUUAUGAAUUAAAAUAUUAUAGAAAAGUGAUCCUUAAGAACUUGUGGAAUCACAUUUCAAAAAUGAGUUUACCUCAGAAAGAUAUUGAAAUGAGCCCGGUUAAAUCUGACGGAAUCACUAAAGUUUCGGAACAUUCAGAAAGCUUACACGUGCCGGUAAACGAUGAGGAAGAUGUUAUUAUUGGUCGAUUUAGGAAAAUAAGUUCUGCCAAAUCUAUGGCGGCCACUAAUGGUAACAUCCAGUAUCCUACAGAAGUUUUAUCUAGAAAUGAAGAUCUCGAAGCGGGGUUACAUUUCAAGACGCGAGAUGCUAACGAAAAGGAUAAGCUUCUACCGGACUCGAGUAAUAGCAAUGUUCUCGUGCAGCCCUCUAGGUCUCCAAUGACGAAAAGCAGUUUUCGUGAUAUGGAGAAACCCUCGCGGUUUAAAGAUCAACCUUCCACCACCAGAUUUCAGAUGGAGGAGAAAAGGAUAGAAAAUGAAGGUACGGAAGAUUCGGAUGCAUCAGGGAUGGAGAGCGAUGAUCCACUCACAGCCACAGACACGAAAUAUGGAAAGAGUUUCAGACAUUUCACAAGAGAAGCUUUGCCGAGGCUGGAUAAUUACAGGAACGUGUUGUCACUGCACGCCGCACCAAGACCUACUCUGGAUGAGUUGCACAACGCUUCUUUAUCUAGGAAGCCAGGCCAAACUUUGGAGAAAGACAUGGCGCCUCCAGAACCCCUCACUUCGCAGGUCAAGUUUGGUUGGAUUAAGGGAGUGCUCAUGCGGUGUCUUCUUAAUAUAUGGGGCGUUAUGCUGUUUUUGCGACUCUCCUGGGUUAUAGGUCAGGCGGGCAUUGCGCAGGCCGUGCUGCUGAUCCUGACCACCUCCGUGGUGACGACCAUAACGGCGCUCUCCAUGUCCGCCAUUAGUACAAAUGGGGUAAUUAAAGGAGGUGGGACGUAUUACAUGAUAUCGCGAUCGCUGGGUCCCGAGUUCGGCGGCUCUAUUGGAUUGAUAUUCUCGAUGGCCAACGCGGUGGCGUGUGCUAUGUACGUGGUUGGCUUCGGCGAGUCCCUCAUCACACUUAUACCGGAGUCCGCAUAUAUGGUCAGCAAGAGCUGGGACCAAGCGAUCUACGGCUGCAUAACGAUAGUGCUGCUGACUGGUAUAGUGAUAGUUGGCAUGGAGUGGGAGGCGAAGGCUCAGAUCGUCCUGCUAGUGAUCCUGCUCGCCGCCAUCGCUGACUUCCUCAUAGGCUCCGUCGUUGGACCGAAGAGUGUUAUAGAACAAGCUCAGGGCUUUGUUGGUUAUAAUAUGAGUAUAUUUCACGAUAACUUGUGGUCGGACUACCGCUACUUCGAGGGGGUGGAGCACAAUUUCUUCUCAGUGUUUUCUAUAUUCUUUCCUGCAGCGACGGGUAUACUCGCUGGGGCUAACAUAUCUGGAGAUUUGAAGGACCCGCAAAAGUCAAUCCCCAAAGGUACCCUUCUGGCCAUCGUGAUCACAACGGUGUCGUACCUGAUGAUCGGCGUGGUGGCCGGCUGGACCGUGCUGCGGGACGCGUCAGGAAUACCGAGUGAUCUGAUCACUGGUAACCUCACCGCUUGUGCCUCAACACAUUCAUGCCCCUACGGACUGCAUAAUAGCAAUGAUGUUAUACGUUUAGUGUCCGGUUUUGGUCCUUUGAUAUACGGCGGAUGUUUCGCUGCGACUCUAUCUUCGGCCCUCGCGUCACUCGUGUCUGCACCUAAAGUAUUUCAGGCGUUAUGUCAAGAUAAGUUGUACCCGUAUCUGGAGUAUUUCGCUAAAGGCUACGGACCCAACAACGAGCCUGUUAGAGGAUACGCGCUCACGUUCCUUAUAGCCACAGCCUUCAUACUUAUGGGUGGGUUGAAUCAGAUCGCUCCGCUGAUCUCCAACUUCUUCCUGGCGGCGUACGCGCUCAUUAACUUCUCCACCUUCCACGCUAGCCUUGCGCGACCUGUCGGCUGGCGGCCCACCUUCCGGUUAUACAACAUGUGGCUAUCGCUGAUCGGCGCGAUGUUGUGUGUGGCGAUCAUGUUUGUGAUAUCGUGGAUCACGGCGCUAAUAACAUUCGCUUGCCUGCUCGCUCUCUACCUCCUUGUCUCGUACAGGAAACCUGACGUGAACUGGGGCUCCACGACUCAGGCGCAGACUUACAAGAAUGCUCUGUCAGGAGUGCACCAACUAAACAGGGUCACUGAACACGUCAAGAACUAUAGACCACAAAUACUGGUGCUAACCGGAUUCCCGGCGGAGAGGCCUAUUCUCACUGAUUUUGGUUAUUUAUUGACCAAAGGUCUGUCUUUGAUGUUGUGUGGUCAUAUCUUACAGGGUCAGACGAGUCACCGCGGGCGCGAGGAAUUAACAUCGCGCGCUUACUCAUGGUUCACGCGACGCAAGAUCAAGGCCUUCUACUGCCUCGUGGACCAUGCCACCUUCAAGGACGGAGCCAGCGCACUUAUGCAGGCGAGCGGAUUGGGCAAGUUGCGGCCGAACAUUUUGAUGAUGGGUUUCAAAGAGGACUGGCAGACUUGCGAUCGCGCUGACCUCGAUGCAUACGUGGAACUUAUGCAUAAAGCAUUGGAUAUGCAUAUGGGUCUGGCCUUACUACGCGUGGAGGGCGGGCAGGUGUCACGUGAAGCGUUGGACGAUGAUCUCUUGCAUUAUCUGGUUCAUCUGGACGCGCCCGCCGCUGGGGAAUUGCCACGUUCUAUGGGUGACAACUUUAAGGAGUCAAAGUCUACGGAGAGUUUGAACACACAUUCAGUGGGCAGCAGUCUAUCGGACGUAUCUAUUGGCGAGCCUCGUCUCGUGUCCGCUGAUCCCGCCGCUGCCGCCGCCGCCACGCAGAAUAACCGCGACAUCAUACACCACGAUCACAAGGAGAAGAAGGGCUUAGGCGUUGCCGUUCGCCGCGUGCUCGGUGCCAGUACAGCCAGAAGAGCUUCCUCCUUCACGUCAGUGGAACAGUUUACAAAGAAACAGUCUGGAACAGUCGAUGUUUGGUGGCUGUACGACGAUGGAGGUCUGACGUUAUUGCUGCCUUACAUUUUGUCAACGCGUCGCGCGUGGGCGUCGUGUCCGCUGCGCGUGUUCACGCUUGCCAACAAGAAUACAGAGCUAGAACUGGAGGAGAGGAAUAUGGCGUCCCUUCUAUCAAAGUUUCGCAUCGAUUAUUCUGCACUCAAGAUGAUACCAGAUAUCACAAAGAAGCCGCGCGACUCAACACUUGCCUAUUUCGACAAGCUGAUAGCACCCUUCAUGGUCGCAGACGAUAAGGAUGAUGGGGAGGGUAUUACCAGUGCGGACCUAGUGGCAGCGCGCGACCGCACGUACCGUCAUUUGCGGCUGCGCGAGCUGAUCAUGUCCGAGUCGAGCGGCGCGCGGCUCGUGUGCGUGACCCUGCCACUGCCGCGCCGCCGCGGCGUCGUGCCCCCGCCGCUGUACACCGCCUGGCUGCACGCCAUCGCCACCGCCGCCGACCGGCUGCUGCUAGUGCGCGGUAACCACGCCGCCGUACUCACCUUCUACUCGUAAUUAUCGCCGUCAGUUCGCCCAUAAUGAUCGCGAGCUUCAUACACGACCUCGACUGGUGUAGGACUAAGCGCUGUCGUAUGUACGUGAAUAUUGUACAUAUACAUUACGAAAGAUCUAAAUUAUUUGAAUCUUUAAUUCCGCCUUCUAAACUAGUGACUUUUGAUUAAAUCGACAGUAUAAAAAUGAAAUUUUCGACUCGAAUUUUACAUGUAAUCAUGGUGUUAUCUCUUAUAGAAUCCAGUGUAAUCUGCUUAACAUUAUAGGUCAUUUUGAUAAGUAACUUGUACCUAGGUUUUAAACUGGUGUUUCCAUACUACAUUGUCUGGCGUGGUUUCCUAUAAAAAUUGUGAUCAAAGUCACUUUUGUAGGAGAACUAUAGUUAAUAAUAUAUAAAAAAAAGUUUUAAAUGUCGUAUGACUAAGUUUAGACAUCACAAUUAUUAGUUAAUCAUGAAAAAUAUCACACGGUGUUGUCUGUUCUAUUUAAGAAAGAUUCUGUGCAGUCACCUUUGAGUUUAAAAAUACAUAAAUAUUUUUAAAGUAUUUAGUUUUCCAAUUAGAAGAUCUUCAACUUUUUGAAGGAUACAGUUUCGGUAUGAAAACAUAAAAGAAAUUGGAAAUGACUUCAGUGGCAAAUAACCAAUUAAUGAAAAGGCGACAUUUAUAACACUGCAUACAAAAGUAAAUCUUUUGUACGACCAACGAUUUUUUACAAUGUUGUACAGCUGCUAGUAUAUCAAGCUACUACAACAGUGCAAAUCUGAUGUGCUGCUGUGUGUACAAUAAAUCAUCAUAAAGGAUGAACACCAUUUUAGAAUUUGUUCGAUUUUACCUAAUUUAAAAUUGAUUUUGUUUUAACAUUUUUAUUUUUAUGACAUUCCUUUAUUUAUUUAUUUAUUUGUAAUUUUAGUACAAAUAUAGGUUUUUAAAUUAAUGUUAAUAUUUUACCAUGCAUUAACAGUGAAGUUUUUUGUUUUACAUUUUUUAUUUAGAUAUAACAAUGACAAUAUCUACAUUAGAAUAAUUUAAUUCCAAUAAAAAAAAUGCAACACAAUUAUUCAAAUAUAUUAAUUUUGUUUUGUUUACAUCAUGUUCAUUGAUUGACCAGUGAAGUCUGAUUAAUUAAAAUGUAAGAUUAAAAUAAGAUACUAAUAAAUUUGACACUUUAAUACUUGCACUUGAGAGGUUUUCAUUUUUAAUAUCAUUACCUAUAAUUACCGAUAUAAUUAGCAUAUAAUUACCGAUGCCUCUACAUACACAACCGUACAUCUUCUUUCCAUAGCCAAUUUGACGAUAAAAAACUGAAAUUCAAAAUCUAUAUUUUUGCAUAUUAAUUAUGAAAUACUUUUUUUUUUUUGUAAUUCACAUGUCCUGCUUGUAUUAAUUUAAGAAUGUGUUCAAAAAAACCUUAUAUAUAUUACCAAACAAACAGAUUAAAGGUAAAAAGAACACGUUUUUACGUUAAAAUAGUUAACUCGAGUGUGUGGGAUUUUUUAAAUGUAUCUGAGUUUUACAUGCUUCAAUUGAUGUUUUCAUUUCUUUGCUUCAUAAGUUAGUAUAAUGUCAGUCGUUGUGCACAGCGUUGUGACAGCGUAGAGCUUCAAUGAAAUGAAACCUUUAUUACCUUUUACUGUUAGCGCCAUCUAUUGACAAAAUGAAGGAAACAUUAAUACAAAGUAUAGAGCAAAAUUAUUUGUGUGCCGGAUACAUAAUUUUAAUUUCUUUUAUAAUGUUCCAUUAUUGCACCUACAAUAAAGCCGUGAAAUUGCAUAUUUCACGGCUUUAGGCUUAAAGAAUGGCCGCGGCAUAGUUCCAUUACAAUAAAUUAAGAGUAUAUGAAUACGUUAAAGAAGGUGCCUUGUUCUAGUGAUUGGAUUCGAGAAUAUUUGGCCAUGUGUAUUUUUGGAUAAUAUCGACAUUUAUAAAAUUUUUGUACACUUAUACAAUUUCAUAAGUUUAGAUCUGUUUGUGUAACUAUAAUAAUACGUAAAAUUAAGACUAUUGUAACGUAAAUACAAUAAUUUGAUACUCGCGUAUUUGACAGAUUUUUGACAUGAUCUUUACAAUUUUAAUGUAAGUAGAAUUUACAGUGCUUUUAUAUGUGUAGCGAAAAAUAUUUUUGUUGUAGUUAAAAACUGCACUGAAUUGAUUUUGAUAUAUAUUUCAGCUUACGUGUAUAUUAUGGAUUUAAAGAAGUAUCUAGUUGUCGGAUGUGAAUUUUGUAAAUUUUUUCGUUUAUGUAAGGAGUUAUCACAAUGUUGUAUUUAUUUGAUGCUGUUUUAUUAUAUAUUUAAUUACGGUAUUGUAAACAGGAUGUAUAAUUUAUAUGAUCAAUGGUGCGAUUGUGUAGACACCCCUCUAUUAUAGUUGUAUAAUUUAUUGUAACCUACUAUUGUACGAAUAAUGAAAUGGAGUGUGAAUAAAUUAUAUUCAAAUUAAGUU